AGAGCAGCACCGAACCGCACUCAACUCAAUAAAGUAUCUAGACCCUGAAGCACUGAAUGUAAUGUAGCCUUUGAUAAUGACGCAAGGCGGUAACACGGAUAGAAGCAACAAGUCCGUGUUAGGAAAGCAUCAGUAACUUCCUAUUUAAAGACCGUAUUUCGGAGAAUCCGGUGCACGAGACUGCAGGUGAUGUGAAAGAUGUCCUGAAGAAAAUGCAAUAGUCUGCACUGAUUCCCGGAUGAUUACUGCUCAUGCAGUUCUGCACUGAUGAUCUGUUAACUCUGCAACCUGCCCAAAAGCUGUUUUUGCUGAAAUUCUACCAUCACACAAGUGCAGUUUUUUGGGACCUUCAUCUCUACUAUAUUGGUGUAUAAUGGCAGACUUUACUCCUUGUCUUUAGCUUUCUGAAGGCUUGAUUAUUUAAUAACAUUUAAAAACACUUAGAAAUGUCAGAGUCUCCUGAGAGAGACGCCCCACUGCUGCAUCUUCAGGAGGUCAAUUCCAGCCGAGCUGGAGGCUGCACCCUUUCCCGAAUUAAUUCCUCCUCCUCCUCGUCCCCAACCAUGACAAUGGAGAGUCAUCCCAUCUGCAUACCUUCACCCUAUGCAGACAUUGGGCAUGAGUUCUCCACCCUGCCUUUCUAUAGCCCCACCCUGCUCAGCUACAGUGGGCCUCCACUUCCUGAUUGCCCCUCGGUGCAUCAGUCACUCAGCCCCACCAUCUUCUGGCCCUCUCAGAGUCACAUGGCACCUCUGGCACUGCAUCGCCAACAAUCACACUGCCAGCAAAACCAGCCGAGCAGCGGCACCUGGCAGGAGCUCACAUCCCGCAAUUACACAGCUAAUGAAAACAGCAAAUCUAUGGGGAAACGAUCGGUGGAUGGUGAGGAAAGCUUCAGUUGUACAGAGAGCAAAACAGACAUGCACUAUUGUGCUGUCUGCAGUGACUACGCCUCUGGCUACCACUACGGCGUUUGGUCCUGUGAGGGAUGCAAAGCCUUCUUUAAAAGGAGCAUCCAAGGACAUAACGACUACAUCUGUCCUGCAACCAACCAAUGCACCAUUGAUAAGAACCGGCGCAAGAGCUGCCAGGCCUGUCGACUUCGCAAGUGUUAUGAAGUGGGGAUGAUGAAAUGUGGUAUGCGUCGGGAUCGUGGCAGCUAUAAUCGUGGAGGCUCACAGCAGAGGAGAGUGGCACGAUCUCCUGCCAGAGCUUUGGCCAGCAGUCAGAGACAACCAGAGCGGAAAUCAGCCCCAGUGAACAGGGUAAAGGAAGUUUUUACUGCUGCACUGAGCCCAGAGGAACUGAUAGCUCGCAUCAUGGAAGCAGAGCCACCAGAAAUAUAUCUAAUGAACGAUAUGAAAAAGCCCUUUACUGAGGCCAAUGUCAUGAUGUCACUCACCAACUUGGCUGACAAAGAGCUUGUCCACAUGAUCAGCUGGGCCAAGAAGAUCCCAGGUUUUGUGGAGCUCAGCCUUUUUGACCAGGUGCACCUGUUGGAGUGUUGCUGGUUAGAGGUCCUGAUGUUGGGGCUGAUGUGGAGGUCUGUUAAUCAUCCUGGAAAGCUUAUCUUCUCCCCAGAUCUUAUUUUAAGCAGGGACGAGAGCAGCUGCGUGCAGGGCUUUGUGGAAAUCUUUGACAUGUUGCUGGCUGCCACGUCCCGAUUCAGAGAGCUGAAGUUACAGAGAGAGGAGUAUGUCUGUCUCAAGGCCAUGAUCCUCCUCAACUCUAACAUGUGUCUGAGUUCAGCUGAGGCAGAUGAUGAACCUCAGAGCAGGACCAAACUAAUGCAGAUGCUGGACUCUGUUACGGACGCUCUGGUCUGGGCCAUCUCGAAGAUGGGCUUGAACUUUCAGCAGCGCUCUACACGUCUGGCCCACCUGCUCAUGCUGCUCUCACACAUACGUCAUGUCAGUAAUAAAGGUAUGGACCAUCUGCACUGCAUGAAGAUAAAGAAGGUUGUGCCUCUGUAUGACCUGCUCCUGGAGAUGCUCGAUGCCCACAUCAUGCACAGCUCACGUCUGCCCCACUCCACUGUGGCCAUUGUGCACGAGGAGCACUCUGAUGCACCAGAAAACUACAGCUGCUCCUCUCAGCAGUGGGCACAGUCGGUCAUAGAGGGGCCUGUGGAGCUCAGCCAAAAUGAGCUUAAAAGUGACCUAAGCAUAGUGAAGACAGACUGAACCAAGAUGUUUUUACCCAACGCAGCCAUGCAUCUCAAGGACAUCAAUCUGGACCUGGCGACUCAAAGAACUGGACCAAAUCCGCUGUAUGAAGCCUUAAAUUGCAUUGAUUUUUGAAAUUAAGAGUCUUACAGGUAAGCGUUCCCAGGAGUCCUACUUGUAUUUAGUUGUUUUGCAAAACUCAGUGCAUUUAUUGUGUCUUUUCUGAGCCUUUUCUUUUUAUGCAUAAGCCGAGCAUAUGCUUCUUGAUACUGUUAAAGGACAAUUUAAAGACUUUUCCACUGUGACUUUGUUUAAAUUGCAGCUUUAAUAAAAGUGUGACAUGUGUCACUCCUGCACUGUCAAAUUUAAAAUGACAAAUCCCACACCUACGCCCCUGCCCCAAAGGAAUUACCCUCUACUCUAAACACCAUUAUGUGCCUGUACUAGUUACUGCUUCUGAGUUUUUGUGCACAUACAGUAUAUUAUGCCUUUUUUUUUGGUGUUGAAAAUCUAAUUAAAUGGUAAGCCAACAGGGUAACUUCUGCCAAAUACACACAAAUCGCACAAUGAGAAAUCUUGUGUUACACCAGCUGACAACAUGAAACAAAAUCAUAUACACACCGUAUAUGCAUAUAGGAAGCAUAGAGACGCAUGACAAAUCAAAAGAAAAAACUGUGGCUCUGCUGGCUUGGUUGAAAUCCACUUGGUCCUGCAGAGGAAAGGGUCACUGCAAAUAAAUACAGUGUUCUCCUGACUGACCACCUUUAUCCUAUGAUGAAACAUUCCUAUCCUGAUGUGAAGAGUUUUCUCUUCCAGCAUGAAAAUGCCUUUUUUCAAAGGACACAUGGUCUCGGCGAAUGCUUUGAUAAGGAUAAAAAUAAUGUAAAUCAUAUGUUUUGGCCUUCACAAUCACCAGAGUUUAACCCAGCAGAACAUCUGAGAGAUUUCGCACAGAUGUUAGGCUGCUCUCUUCAACACCAUCUUCGUAACAAAGGCCGAUUGAAGCUGUUGUAAUGUAGCUACUGUAGUAUUUUUAUCUUUGUUACCCAGUAUUUUAGUGAGGAAGUUGAUGUUUUUUCCCUGUAAUUUGUCAAUUGUCUGUAUGUAUCAUUAUGCAAACAAAAACUAUUUCAGGACAUCUGGAUUCAUAUUUAAUAAUGAUCAACUUUCUUAGCCAAAAAGACAAGUUCAGGUAGCAAGAAAUGAGCUAACCCUGUAACCAAUGGAAUGAUGAAUAUGGCACUGCCAUAGUUUACAUAAUUACCUUUGCACUUGUAUCUGUAUACAGUAUGUAAAGCCAGAUUUGUUCUUAGCGGUUUAGCUUGUGGCUUUCAAAUACUUGAUCAUGGACAGCUCUUAGAUCCAAAGCAUCCACAUUCAAAUAAUUUUCCAUUUUUCUAGGCUGACUUUGGUUUGUAGAUUGAUCCUGCUGUAUCAUUUUCGGCCAUUGUGCAUUAAAACAUUGAGGUCUGUCAUGACAAUACAAAGGAAAUUACUGCACUUAAAUAGAAUGUAGAUUUUUAAUUUUUUUUUUUUCAAGUUAAAAACAUCCAGCGAUUUUCAAAAGGAAAAGAAUGGUAAUGUCCACCUAAGGUGAAUACAGAAAGAACAAACUUUUUAUAUUUUUUUAAAUAUUUUUCUUCUAUACUAAAUCUCCGCUACAGCUUUGGUGCUUGUAUCAAUAGCAAGAACAGAUGCAGAAAUGCCUGAAAACGUAUGACUGCUACAAAUGGUAAUUAUUAAUAGGAUUAAGUAAUGUUACUGCCGUUGCAUUAGAGGGCUGUAAAUUCCAUGAUAUGAGUCUAUUAUGACAUGCCACGAUGUUAAAUCCGCUUCGAUUUACUGCAUUAUAUUGUAGCCAGGCAGAUUUCUAUUUAACUGAACUGGAGACAUGAUUAUGUAAACUGUUACAGGUUAAGAUACCAGAUGUGUAUCCUUAUAGGACCCAAGUGAAUGAUUUUUUUUUUAUUUUCAUGAUGGUGUUUGUAAUAAUUUUUUAUUGGCUUCUGUUUGUUCAAUAUUGUACUUCGGCAGUAAAUAGUGGUGUUACAAUGUUAGUAGCAUCAGUGCUGCUAUGUAUCAGU